UUGGGGAGCUGUGCAUAUGUUAUCUAUAGUGGUCCGAUUUUUUCGGUUCCGACAAAUUAUUAAACCAUUAUGAAAAUACAUCCGCUUACCUAAUUUCAGUCGGAUAUCUCGAAAACUGAGGGACUAGAUUGCGUUCAAACAGACAGACAGACAGGCGGACAUGGCAUGUCAUUUAAGCAUACAUUUUUAUGGUUCUAUCUCUUCUUCUUCGGUUACUCACAAACAUCGGACCAAAGUUGUAAAACCAUUUCAUGUUCAUGAAAGGUAUAAACAUAAUUUUAUUUUUUGAAACUGGCUAUUAGCAUUUAAAUAUCCCCCAAAGCUCUCUUAAUAGUCAAUCGCUUCCUAGUGUCUAUUCUAAAAGCAUGAAUGUGGUCCUGAAAUUUGUGCUGCUUUUUACAAUUUUCACACUACACCUAGAACAGAGGGAAUACUUCGCCGAAGCCUACAUAAAACUUACUAAUGCGAUAUGUAAAUCUUUCGAUGAAAAAUUUGCCAUCUUUAAAUCUUGUCGUUUAUACGUUUAUCGUCGACGUGAAAUUUCAUUUACGAUGCACGUAAGGCUCUUUCAAACACCAGUUCGUAACAUCAGUGUCAAUUUAAGCCUUUGGCGGAAAGCUAACACAUUUCAACCUUUUCUGUACAAUGUGACCGUUGAUUUCUGUAAGUUUUUGAAACGUAGGUACUCACCACCUUUAAGAAUUGUAUAUGAAGCAUUAUUUAAGACUUCGAAUAUAAAUCACACUUGCCCGUUCGAUCACGACAUAAUUUUAGAUCGUUUCGUUCCAAACGAUGGUAUGUUUAGGCUAUUACCUCUUCCUGGAGGACAAUACAUGUUCAAAUUUCUCACGGAUGUUAACAAUGAACGGAAAACUGACGUUCGCGUUGAAAUCUCUAUUGAUUUAGACUCCAAGUACAACUAA